UCUCUCUCUCUCUCUCUCCAAAAAUUCCAACGCUUCGUACCCAAUCCAGAACCAGGGAAAAACAGCAGAGAGCUCCACAUCCAUGGCGACCGCCCCGACUCCGACCCAAAGCUCGACGCCGGCGACCUCCUUCCACCUCCAGCACAUGACCGACGCGGACCUCCGGAAGGUGUUCGACCAGUUCGACGCCAAUGGCGACGGCAAGAUCUCCGCCGCCGAGCUCUCCAAGGUCCUCACCGCCAUGGGCUCCCCCGUCUCCCCCUCCGACCUCGACCGCGCCAUGGACGAGAUCGACACCGACAAGGACGGCUUCAUCAGCCUCCCCGAGUUCGCCGCCCUCUGCCGGUCCGGCUCCUCCGCCGAGUCCGACCUCCGCGACGCCUUCGACCUCUACGACCAGGACCGGAACGGCCUCAUCUCCACCAAGGAGCUGCACCUGGUGCUCAACCGCCUGAACAUGAAGUGCUCCGUGGAGGACUGCGCCAGGAUGAUCAAGUCGGUCGACGGCGACGGCGACGGCAAUGUCAAUUACGAGGAGUUCAAGAAGAUGAUGGCUUCGAAAGGUCCUGGUAACUGAUGAUGGAUCCGUUCCUGUUCUGCAUCUGCCGACAGGUUUGAGAUUUCAAAUGCCGAUCUCGCCAUAGCAGCAGAUUGAUUUUUACACUUUCCGAUACGCAAGACUAGAAACGAAACAGAUAGACAUAGGCUAUUAUCUGACUGUUUUUGGAUAUGAUUUACGCCUCUACUGAUUCGGAUC